CUGAAAUGGCCUGAAUGCGAAACAGAUAUAUGUCCAUGUGCUUUUUUUUAUUAAAAUCCAUGGUUUAAAAUAUUUACAGCGUGAAUUAGUCGUCAAUAAUGGCUAAACUACAGAGUUACUAUGUGCUGUGUCCCUUGAUUGAUCAGAAGAGCUUCCUCGGAAUAUCAGAGGAUAAGGAAGAACAAACUGUUGUUGUUACUUUGGGGCGCAAUGUGGUCAACAAAUACAGGCUUACAGAUCAAAAACAGACGGGAGGAUGGACGUCCAAGGAUCACAUCACGGCGCCAGUCAUUUACGACACAGAGAACAGUUGCUAUGUGGGUGUCUUCAACAAUAAUACGAUAAAAAUGUGGAAGGAAGAUUCAGACAAUUUGGACAAAGUUAAGAAAUAUAAGUUCCCACUUCCAAUUUUCCGAGUCUUACCUGGGCUAAUAAUCUUCGCGAACGGCAACUGCGCCUCCCUGACUUACGCGCUCGAAAAUCGCAACUCUUACGAUGGCAAGGCAAUUAUUAAAGAUGCUGACGAGAUUGUGGCCGUCAGCACUUGCAAGAUCAAGGGCAACAACAUAUGCUACGUUGUCAAGAAUGAGCUGGAUUAUGAGAUUAUACAGUGCCCAUUGAGAGUGGAGUUAGGAGACAUGGACAAGUCCAAGCUGCACAGAGUCAAAGUUACGCGGCCCGACGUGUAUGUCAUUAGUCAGCUUAUCAGCGCGUCAGAGAAAAUGGUUUACAUCCUGUGGAGCGACUCCAAAAUAACCGCCUACAACCUAUUGAGGCGCUACUGGAAGUCCGUCGGCACCAUCCCGUGGGUGGCGGCGCCGGCGCGCGCGUCGCUGGCCGCGAUGGGGCACAACCACGUCGCGGCGUUCGGCUGCAGCGCGGACCGCGACGGAGCCAUCAUAGUCGCCUACAACGUCCUCCUCAACGUCGGCUCCUGCAAAUAUCCCAUGAAAAUGUACACCGCCGAUGCCAAAUUGUACUGUUUUGAUGACCGGAUUAUUCUCGAAGCAUCAAACCAUAUUGGAAUUUUACCCUAUGUCAUUGAAGAGAGACGUCAGCUGUCGAGUUUACUAGGCUCGCAUGAUACCGUUGAAGAUGAUUGCUUAGAAAUUGCCGAUUGGGGAUCACCAACGAAUAAAUCAGAAUCAGUACUGACUUGGAAUGGUAAACCACUAAAACAAGGAUUAUCUGAAAGGAAUCUCUGUGCGCAAGUCAUUAAUAAUAUAUUUGAAGAAUCUAACAUUAAUUGUGAGAGGAUAGUUGACGUUUUAAAGCAGUUCAAAGAUGUUCCUGAAUCGGUGGUUGUGCUUUUAAUAAACCAUGUAAUGAAAACGAUUAAUGAAGAAUCGGAUGCUUCGAUUAGCGACAGAGUUGUUGAAGCUUACAGCCAAUAUGUAUCGGAGUUUAACCUUCUGGACUAUUUACUUGGUAUAACAGUUAGUGACUCAUUUCUGAUAACUUAUUUAAGGAGUAGUAUGUCUCUGGAUAACGCUCUAUUCUUAUUAGCAUAUGCAGCAUGUUUGUUAAAGACAGGGAAAGGUGUGAAAGUUGAAGAAAAUAAGCUUUUAGACUGGUGUACAGUCCUUAUGGACGCUUUCUACCAGCAAUACUUGAUGACGAAAGACGAGAAGGUCACAGAGGUGUUGACGCAGACAUUAGCAGUAAUUAAAGACCUAAUUCAAGACCUUGACUUGGUCAAUAGCACCAUUGCACUGAUGCAUAAACUCCUGUAUACUAAAACAGUUGAAACUGGUGAAGAUUUACCAUAUUCUAUUGAAUUAAUGGAAAUAUAACUAUUAUUUCUA